GGCUACCUUGCUGUAAUCGUUAGGCAGCCUAAUAAAUAGUUAUCCCGAGGAUCCCAACUCCCCUGCAGAACUGGAUUGCUGUUGGGCAGUAGCUUAUUCCAGUAAAACUCAGCGGCGGUGCUAAUGGUGGCCGGCGUCCGCGGGAGGGAUUAGAUUGGAGAAAGACCGGAGGUUUGAUCAGCCGGAGCGUGUGCCAGCCAGAAGAUCCAAACUGGGAUUGUUCAUUUAGUUCCAGGCGCCACCAGAGCAUUCAUACUGGUUCCGAUCCACACGCCCUCCGCAAACUGGAGAAACGCUAGCACGAGAGGAAGAGCAGGCAGCCAUGGCCGAAGUCGGGGGCAUGCUCGCCUACGCCAUGCUCAAGGUAGUUACGCAGCAGAUCGGUUCCAUCGUCGGUGGCCAGUUAAAGCUGCAGUGGGACUUCAGUGAUGACUUAAGGAAGAUGAAGAUGACUCUGGAUUCGAUGGAAGCAGUGCUCCAGGAUGCUGAGAGGCGGUCAAUCCAGGAUGCGGCAGUAAGGCUAUGGCUGAAGCGCCUUACGGACGCUAUGUAUGGCAUCUCUGACAUUCUUGGCGAGUUUGAAACUACUGCAGAACCGCCUGGAUGGAAGAUUGCAGCUAGGAUGCCGUAUCUUGCAGUUGGUUCAAAGAUUUUGAUUGCUAAUAAGAUGAAGAAGAUGAGGCAGGAAGUGGAGAAUAUAAAGGAUCAACACCAGCAGUUCAGUUUCAAGACAGACAGUAAAUCUAAUGUGCAACCAGUUCCUGAUGAACGGGAAACAGACUCCUAUAUGGAAGAUCAAACACUCGUAGUAGGGAGGACUGAAGAGAAAAGAAAAAUACUGUCUUGCCUCUCUGAGGGCAUAGCACAAGAUAUUACUAUCCUUCCUAUAUAUGGCAUUGGAGGCAUUGGCAAGACAACAUUGGCAAAAUUAGUUUUCAAUGACACCUAUUUCAAAGAUCACUCAAAGGUUUGGAUCUACGUGUCCCAGAUGCUUAAUGUGAAUAAAAUAGGCAACUCUAUUAUAUCCCAACUAUCAAAAGAAGAGAGCAAUCUGACCGAAAGGCAGAUGAUACGCAACCACCUUGGACAGCUGCUCACUGAUCCUAAUUAUAACAAGAAGAUUAUGAUUGUUUUGGAUGAUGUGUGGGAGGAAAAUGAUUCUCAGUUGAAUGAAUUGAAAACUAUGCUACCGGUCAUAAAGGGUGGCAAGGUGGUUGUAAUAGUAACCACACGCGAUGAACACAUUGCUAGGAAAAUUUGCACCGUUCAACCAUACAAACUACUACCUUUGUCAGAUGAAACUUGCUGGGCUAUAAUAAAACGAAAAAGUGAUUUUGAAGCUAGAGAUGAUAAAGAACAUCUGGAGCAGGUUGGGAGGGACAUUGCAAUGAAGUGUGGAGGUGUUGCUUUAGCCGCUCAAGCACUUGGAUACAUGUUGAAACCUCUUACUUUUGGUGAAUGGGAGUCAGUGAGAAACAGUGAUAUCUGGAAUGCAUCUACUUCAGAACAAGAAUCUUUGGCACACCAUAAUGUGCUUGCAUGCUUACUAUUAAGCUACAGGAGUAUGCCACCACCCCUGAAGUUAUGUUUUGCCUAUUGUGCAUUCUUCCCAAAAGGUUAUAAGUUAGACAAAAAUGAUCUAAUUUACCAAUGGAUUGCUCAUGGUUUUAUUGCACCGUCUAGCAUAUUCUCAACUAGACAGCUUGGUGAGAAGUAUGCUAAACAGCUUUUGGGAAUGUCAUUCCUGCAACAUUCAAAGUCAUCUUCUCCUAUUGGACUGCACCGUGACAAUGUUACAUUAUUCAACAUGCAUGAUUUGGUGCAUGAUCUCGCAAGGUCAAUAAUGGCAGAUGGUGUUCUAGACACUAGCAAAAUGGGAUGCACUUGGAGAAACAGUUGCCGCUAUGCAUUGCUCAUAGAUUCCAGCCGUCCACUAAAACUAUAUGUGGCAUCUCCUGAAAAGAUAAGGGCACUGCGUUUUCUAGGUUAUGAUAGAAUUGGACUUCGCAGUGCUGCAUUUUUGUCAGCUAAAUACCUGCGCGUCUUAGAUUUAAGUGAAUGCUACAUUCCAAAGUUGCCCAAUUCUAUUGGUGAACUGAAGCAGUUGAGAUAUCUUAAUGCUCAGGGAAUUCAAGAUGAUGUGAUUCCCAUGUGUAUCACAGAGCUCCUCAAAUUAAACUACCUCAACCUUGGAGGAUCUCUAAUAAGAGCACUACCAGAGUCAAUUGGUGAAAUGAAAUGUCUUAUGCACAUUGACUUGUCGUCUUGUUUGAAAAUUCAGAAACUUCCAGAAUCAUUUGUGAAUCUCAAAGAAUUGGUUCAUUUGGACUUAAACAACUGCCGAAGUCUUGACAUUGUACCAGAAUUGUUUAUGGGGUUAGAAGAGUUGGCAUAUCUGGACUUAUCAAAGUGCCAUUGUGUCAAAGGUAAAGUGGAAGACUUGGGUGGCCUUGCCAAACUACAGUAUUUGAAUUUAUCUGGAACAUUUUUGGGAAAGAAAAUAUUGUCAGGGUUGCAAAAAGCCAUGAGCAAUCUCACUGACCUACGUUAUCUAGGUUUAUCAAGCAUGAGUUCUAUAGUUCCUGGCCUAUCAACAAUUGAAAUGGCCAGUUUCAUUGACCAUGUCAGCUCACUCACAAAUCUAGAGCAUCUGAAGCUGUCCCACAAUCAGAAUAUAGUGAGUCUACCUGAAACUAUUAGCAGCCUUAGGAAGCUACGUACCCUAGACCUCUCAGCAUGUAACAAUCUAGAGAGGCUUCCAGAUGGUAUGGUUAAAAUGGAUUGCUUGUUGCUUCUCAAGGUAGAGGGCUGCUAUAAUCUGGAUAUGUCCACCCUCAGUCAACCAAACUUCUUUGGCCGGUUGUCAAACCUUGUUGUCCAAACUGGUGGUGAUUCUACAAGUCACCAUAUGCUUCGGCAUGUCAAACCUAACAAAAGGCUGAAAAUAAGUAGACUUGAGUGCAUGACAUUUGCACAAUUGGCUCUCAGUAUAGAGCAGAUGAGAAAUCAACGAAUUGAAAAACUGGAGCUUGAGUGGAAUAGAAAUGAUGAGAGGUCUUUUGAGGACAUGAACGUGUUAGGAAAGCUAUUACCACCAAUAACUUUGAGGCAUCUUGAGCUGCAAGGUUAUUACAAUAGUAUCAGCUUUCCAGCCUGGAUGAUGUCCAUUUCUCAGCACCUCCCAAACCUUGUUGAAAUAAGGAUGUGGGGUUUGCCAAAGUGCAACAGUCUACCACAAUUUGGUCAAUUACGAAGUCUAAGAGAACUACUUAUUGGGGGAAUGGAGAGUAUCACAAAAAUUGAGGAGGGCUUCUACGGAGGUGCAGGUGCAUUUCCUCAGCUGUGGAAAUUUGAACUGAGAUGUAUGGAAUGUUUGGAAGUGUGGAACACAAUGUAUUCUGACAAAGAACACAGUGUGCAGGUUGUGAUGUCUCCGAACCUUCAACGGUUGACACUCUAUGAUUGCCCAAAAUUGAAGCUGAAACCAUGCCCACCUAGUGCCAAGCAAUGGGAGAUAGUGAAUUGUGAUAAUGUGCUAGCACUAUGGGAUGAGGGGACACAAACAUGUGCGUCCUCCUAUACAGGACUAAGAGAUGUUACCGUGAGAAAUAGCAACGUUCCUCUGCAUCAGUGGAGGUUGCUGCAUUACCUCCCUGCUCUCACUAGUUUAAGAAUUGAGAGUUGUAGCAAUCUGACAUGCAUUUCACAAGAGAUCAGACGAGGUUUCUCCACCCUCCAGUCACUACACCUGGUAGACAAUGGUCAACCAGAACUACCACAAUGGUUGGGUGAGGUCACCACUCUCCGGGAAUUGGAUAUACGUGGGUACCCAGAGCUGCAAGCACCACUGAAGAUCAUGAAGCAACUCACUUCCCUACGUGCACUGUUGUUGUUUAGUUGCAAAGACAUGAUAUCAACGCCGGAAUGGUUGGGUGAGCUCACCUCCCUAGAAGAACUGCUCAUCUCAGAUUGUCCAAAGCUGAGCAAUUUGCAAAUGAACAUACAAUACCUCAGCUCACUCCACUCACUAUCAUUGAAUGAUUGCAGAAAGAUUCAGUCACUGCCAGAAUGUUUGGGGAAUCUUACCUCUCUCAGGAGACUUGAAAUCAUAGAUUGCAGAGCCAUCAAGUCCUUCCCUGAGAACAUAAGGAAACUUCCUAAGAUAGAACACCUAAACAUUUUUCCUCCAAUAUAGAGCACCUAAACAAUCUCUAGUGCCCACAUAUCUUAGUCCCGUGCAUAUUUCAUCACCUUGCUGCUUUUAGUUCGGAUCAAAUCUGCUGCAUCAUCCUGCUACAUCCCCUCAGCAGCAGGCCGAGUAAGUCUGUGAUUGUGAUGAACGUGGAAUUGUUUCUAGUUUCUAGCCACGAAGAAUGAGCUUCCCAUUGCCAGUUUGCCAUAUCAAUGCACAUGUAUCCAUUUUUGGUAAGAUUGCAAACAAAGAAAAUGGUAGUUGACACCGUUGCCGGCAUGAAGCAGCACUCUCUACAGGUCAGGUAUUGGAGAAACAGCUCUAGCUACCUGAGAUCGACUAGAAGCUGGGAAGAUUGAAUCAAGCGGAAGAUAGCUUGGUAUGAGACAGUAACCACCGUCCAACUCUAGUAAUUUGGACACUUUUUCUUCUAGAGUGUAGCAUGGAUAAUUUCCAUGUCUGCACUCUGCCCACAGACUGUUAAAAAAAGGAUCACUGACUGAAGCUCAUUUCCUCCUUGUUUCUUAAUUCAUAUUAACAAAAUAUUUGAUGUCUGCUAUUGAAAGUUUGAAACACUCGUGCAUCCAACAGCAAAACAUUCGGAGACACAAAUCCUGUAAAGCAAAUAGCUGAAUUUUGUU